GGCGGGGUUUGAGCAGUCACACGGCCCCGCCCCCCGCCUCCCACCUCUGUCACGCCAGUUCUGGCUCCAAUUUGCCUCUACUGCCUCUGCAAGCGCAGGCAAGAUGGCAGCUUCCAUUUCGGCCAUAUUUUGGCUUUAAAACGCCUUAAUGAGAGUAAAUGGGGACCGUCCAGUCCAUACUUUUAUACAGUCUAUAAUCACAACCCAAACUCCACAACGCGCCAAGCAGCACAUUUUUAGUUGCUGCGGAAGCACAGCUCAUUUAGGCUCAGCUCAGCUCACCUCAGGACUUGUUGUGCUACUAAGAUAUAAGGCAGUGUGAGGUUGGUGGAUGGUGGCAGUCGCUGUGCUCGGAGAGUGGAGGUUCUUCAUAGAGGGCAGUGGGGAACAGUGUGUGGUGAUGACUGGGAUAUGAGUGAUGCUGCAGUGGUGUGUAGAGAGCUGGGCUGUGGAGAAGCUGUAGAUGCACUGGGCAAAUCUCAUUUUGGAUCAGGAUCAGGACCAAUCUGGAUGGAUGAUGUGGACUGUAGUGGAUCAGAGUCUAGACUGAAGAACUGUAGAUCACCAGUAUGGGGUAAACAUGACUGCAAUGAAACCCACAAUUCUGGAGUCAUCUGUUCAGGAGCCAGGCUGGUUUUAGGUUCUCGCUGCUCUGAGAGAGUGGAGGUUCUUCAUGGAGAGAGCUGGGCCACAGUGUGUGAUGCUGACUUUAACCAGCAGGGUGCAGAGGUUGUGUGUCGAGAGCUCGGCUGUGGUUCUCCUGUGAAGCUUCUGGGAGCAGCUGCGUUUGGUAGAGGGGAGGGUCAGGUGUGGUCAGAGGUGCUUCAGUGUAGAGGAAACAAAUCUCAGACUCACUUCUGUCCAAAAUCAUCUUCACUCAAACACAACUGCUCCCAUGAUAAUGAUGUGGGACUGGUGUGUGCAGGAGUCCUGCUGGUUAAUGGCUCUCGCUACUCUGGAAGAGUGGAGGUUCUUCAUGGUGAGAGCUGGUUCACAGUGUGUGAUGCUGACUUUAACCAGCAGGAUGCAGAGGUUGUGUGUCGGGAGCUGGGCUGUGGUUCUCCUGUGGAGAUUCUGGGAGCAGCUGCUUUUGGUAGAGGGGAGAGUCCGGUGUGGUCAGAGGAGCUUCAGUGUAGAGGAAGCGAAUCACAGAUUCACUUCUGUCCAAAAUCAUCUUCACUCAAACACAACUGCUCCCAUGAUAAUGAUGUGGGACUGGUGUGUUCUGGAUCAGGACCAAUCUGGAUGGAUAAUGUGCACUGCAGUGGCUCUGAGUCUACACUGAGGAACUGUGAAUCAGCAGGAUGGGGUAAACAUAACUGUGAUCAUUCUAAAGAUGCUGGAGUCAUCUGUUCAGGAGUCCGGGUGGUUGGUGGUUCUCACUGUUCUGGGAGAGUGGAGGUUCUUCAUGGAGAGAGCUGGGUCACAGUGUGUGAUGCUGACUUUAACCAGCAGGAUGCAGAGGUUGUGUGUCGAGAGCUGGGCUGUGGUUCUCUUGUGGAGGUUCUGGGAGCAGCUGCUUUUGGUAGAGCAGAGGGUCAGAUGUGGUCAGAGGAGCUUCAGUGUAGAGGAAACGAAUCUCAUAUGUACCUCUGCCAGACAUCUCCUUCCUUGAAACCCAACUGCUCUCACAACAAGGAUGUGGGACUAAGAUGCUCUGGUCACACUCAGGCUCGGCUGAUGAACGGCUCAGAUUCCUGUUCUGGUCGAGUGGAGCUCCAGUACCUCAGUGAGUGGGGUACAGUGUGUGAUGUUCUUCUCUGGCGUCUCAUGAGGGAGGAGUGCGGUUGUCUGGAGGGAUGGAGUGUGAGGGGGAGGUGGAGGUGUUCUUCAGGCAGGACUGGAGGAGAGUUCUGCUGGACUCCUGGAGUGAGUCUGAGGCCUCUGUGGUCUGCAGACAGCUGGGCUGUGGUUCUGUACUCAACAUCUCCAGCUCCUCUUCAACACAGCUACAUGUGUGUGACGGGUUUCAACUGCUCUGGGAGUGAAGCUCAUCUGAGGAACUGCAGCAGCUCACAAGCAGUUAACUGCAGCUCCACAGUACAGCUCUACAUCACCUGCUCUGGUACAUCUAACACAGUCCACAGCUCCAUCAGGCUGGUUGGUUCUGGGGGAGACUGUGCAGGAAGGCUGGAGGUUUUCCACAGUGGAUCAUGGGGGACAGUGAGUGAUGAAUUGUGGGAUAUUGAGGAUGCGCAGGUGGUCUGCAGACAGCUGCAGUGUGGAGUCGCCCUCAGUGCUCCAGUACCGGUACCAGCCCGGUUUGGAUCUGGAACUGGACCCAUUUGGCUGAAUGAGGUGGAGUGUGAGGGGAACGAGGCGUCUCUGUGGAACUGCAGAUAUCAGCUGUGUGGAGAGGAUGAAUGUGGACACAAGGAUGAUGUAGGAGUCGUGUGCUCAGAGUAUAAAGAGAUCAGACUGACUGAGGGCUGUGAGGGGAAUCUGGAGGUGUACUAUAAUGGAACCUGGGGGAAUGUGUGUGUAAAUGGGAUGACUGAUGAAACGGCAAAAUUGAUCUGUCGAGAGCUGAACUGUGGAAGAACUGGCAGGGAGUCUUGGUCUAAAGCAAGAGUGGAAUCAGCUCCUAACUGGCUGGAUAAUGUAAAAUGUAGGAAACAUGACUCCACUCUGUGGCACUGUCCAUCUUCAUCCUGGGGGGAGAACAGGUGUGAUAAUUGCAAUGAGGUUGCUUGCAUUACCUGCUCAGAGAAUGGAAAUACACUAGAUUUGACAAAUUGGCUGUGUGAUUCAUCUCCUCAUGAGAGACCGUGCUCAAAGCACAUUCCUCUGAGGCUGAGGGGAGGAGUAGGAAGCUGUUCUGGAUGGCUGCAGGUGUAUCAUAAUAAAACAUGGGGGUCUGUAUGUGGUGACCUCUGGGACAUCAGGGAUGCUCAGGUGAUCUGCAGGCAGCUGGGUUGUGGGCCGGCGCUGAGUGCUAAUAGAAGAGCUGCUGAUGGUUCUGGUGGAGGAACUAUCUGGAUGAACAGAGUGAAGUGUAGAGGGAAUGAGAUUCACCUGUGGGACUGUCCUCAUUCCCUGAAGAACCACACUGACUGCUCCCACAGUGCUGGAGUCACUUGUGGAGGCUUCCUGUAUCAUACUUUGCCUUUAAAUAAUAAAAGAGGACAGAUGGGACAUUUUGUCUUGCAAGAUUCUCAACCACAGACAAGAAGAAUCAUACUUCCACAAACUCCUCCACCAGCUGUUCCCUCCAUCUAUCCAGUGUCUCUCCUGGUUCUGGGAUCUGUGCUCUUCCUGGCCUUAGUGCUUCUGGUUGUGCUGUUUUAUCAGAACAGAGUGCUCAGGAGAGUGAUCUCUAAGAGGAGGAAGACUUCAGCUGAGCCUGUCUAUGAGGAGAUUGACACCAGGCUCAUCCCUAAAAGAAUUACUGUCUCAACUGAAAGUAAAGCAGAUAAUGAGGAAAUGCAGUUAAGUUAUGAUGUCAUUUUUGCUGGACAAACACCUGACAGUGCAGCAGAGGAAGAACCAGAUAAUUACGAUGAUGUUAUUGUGGAACAAAACUCAAACAUUGUGAUGGAAAACAUGCUGGAGAUCUACGAUGAUGUCAUGGAGGUCACUGCUGGACACAUUGCGGCAGUGAAAGUGCCACCUACAUCUCUUCACUGGACAGGCUAUAUAUUUUUAGAGUCCAGCUGGUCUGAUCUACAGACAUGAAUAUCACGACAGUCCUUGUGAAAAGGAAGAAUACUUAAAUUAGGGUGGUGAGCUUCCUGAGGGCUUUGAGGAUAGUUAUCCUGGUGCGUGUCUUUCGUCUGGCCUCUCAGAAGAAAGAUCUGGAGAAGGUCACUAGAAGAAAGGUAUCUGAGAACAAAAGGCGGUAACAAAAAGGAUGGAUUUGAAUUGGAUCUCACCUAUGUCACAGCAGGCACUCUACAGAAAUCCCAUAAAAGAAGCUGCCAUAUUUCUGGACACAAAGCAUCCCGAUCAUUACAGAGUUUACAAUCUCUGCAGUCAAAAAGGCUACGAUCCACUGUUCUUCCAUUACAGAGUGCAACGAGUGAUGAUUGACGACCAUAACGUACCGUCAUUAGACCAACCCACUCGUUAGGACUCCCCCUAUCACUAGUAAUGCCCCAACACACCAGGAGGAUGAAGACUAGCACACUCUUUCUCCGAUACAUGUGAAGUCAGCCACCGCUUCUUUUCGAGCUGCUGCUGAUGCAGCAUUGCCAAGCAGCCAGCACAUUUGGAGGAAAGCGCAGCGGCAGGUGAAGUGCGUAAUAUGGACAGUGUGCACUUUGCACUUGUGCAACUUUUUUUUAAAAACAGUUUGAUUUGUUUCUGCUAUAUUUUGAUUCAUAGCUUUAUAUAAAAUGAAAAUAACUUAUAACUAUAUUAUUUUCUUUAGCCCGAGGAACCUGAGGAAAGUGGUGGGAAAUCUCGAGCCAGGUCAGACCUUGGGUUGGGUUUGGGCAGAGAACCUAAGCUCUUAUUCACAUAUUGAACUUUGUGUUAUUGUGUUCUCAGUGACAUGUUGAACUACACUGCCAGUUUGAGGGAAUGUCAUUGCCAUCCACUGCAAAGGAGGCAAAGGUGUGGGAAAGGGCAAUGGCAGUGAUCUGAAGGUGCGGAUCAUAGUGAAAAGAGAGCAGGUGUUCCAGUGUGUCUGUGCCACGCAGACGAACUGUAGGCUGUUCCCAGAUACUGAAAACAAUGCCGGGGUGAUCAGCUUUCAGGAAGGGCCAGUGGUUUGUGGUGAUGUUAAGGUCAUGUUUGAAUCCAGGGCUGGUCUUCCAAAGGGGUAUGAGGACUAUCCUUUCUAUUUCUGGUUCAACACUUCAUUUGUAGAGAACAACAGGCUCUAUCUGUCAAGGGAGGAACUGGACAACCCUCGUAAGUCCAAAACCUGGGACAUCUACAAGGAGGACUUUGGUGUGACCGUGUCUUUCAGUGACCCUGCACUUAUGUAGCAGACGACACUUGCUUGUGUAUCUCAACUAAAACCCUUAAGCCCUGCACAAGGUCUAAAUCUUUGCUCUAAUGUAGGUUUUCACACACUUAUAAAAGGUGAGUGAUGUUUAGGGAUUGGAUUCGGGCAUAUUGUGCCCCUAAAGCUAUAGCUAUAGCUAUAUAACCUCAACUUUAUGUCCAUCCCCCAUCUUCACUGUAAGAGCUUUUUACUGAGCCGUGCAUACAUCACAAUAUUAUGCAUUUGUUUGUCAAAUGUUUUUUGUCUUUAAAUGAAGACAAAUGUUUGUGUCAGUUUAGCAUAUUAUGCUUCCAAAAUGUAAAUCUUACUCUUUAAGCUUGAGUGUACAUCAAAUAAAGCAAUCGAGGCUGCCACUGUGAAAUGGUCAAUGGUUAUGUGUGCAGAAACAUUUUUUUGUAGUACACAUGUAUUGAAAUAAAUACUAAUGUCUCUGUAA